UUCAUUCAAGCACACCAAGGAAGCUUUCUACAACAAGAGGAUAUAUGAUUACUCAAAGAAAAUGCCUUUUCAACUAAGGAUCUUCACCCUUUUGCUUUUCAGGGUGAUAAUAUGACAACAUUCUCUAAUCAACUAAUGGAGCUCAAGCCAGUGCAUUCUGACUGCAGUGAUCAAAAUGAAGCUGAACAGCUGAAAGAAACAACUCCUGCCGUAUCUGACCUUCAAGAAAGAUCUAUCAGCUCGACCACUAAAAAUCCCAGCUUGUAUGAAAUUUGGAAAGCUAGUUUACUAAAUGGAGAAGUUUGAAAAAGUGGUGGAACCCAACCACCAAUAUAUGUCAGCAUUUAUGAUAUCAGAAAAUCUAAGGCAGAAAAUAAAAAGAUAUCGCAAGUAUCUUCAACUGUUGCUGAAGCUGGAAUUUCAAAGCACUCUUGUAUAUGAGAAGCAAGAAAUGGGAAUACUACAGAAUUUCAGUUUCAGAAUUAUGAAUCUGAGCAUGAACGUUCAACUUUUGUAAGUCUCCUUUUAAAUGAAUCAAACCAUUAUGGAGCUGAACUUAAGCAUCGCAAAGAUGUGGUCAAUAAGAAGAUGGUCAGAGCCUUCAAAAAGUUUAUGACCGAAUGCUUCAGCUCAAGAAAUAAGAGACCUAGCAAAAUUAAGAUUCCUUUUGAAGCUCUGAAACAACAAUUACUUGAUGAUGCUCAGGAGCUUGAGCUUUAUAACCCCACAAAUAUGGAAGAGAACUCCGAAGACUUCAAAGAGUUGGUUUGCUGGUUGGCAAUGAGAAAAAUGACCAAGUUGACGAAGGGCUUGUUCAAUUAUAAGAAUGGGGCUAUAAGACUCCUUUCUGAUAUACUAGUAAAAUAUUCUCAUUCAAAACUUGAGAAGGUCUUACAAAGCAGACUAAUUGGAAAAGCCUUCAAGUUCUUUGUGGAGCAUGGCCUCGAAGAAUUCAUCUCUGGUCUUCCACAGAAGAGUCAGGAUGUUUAUCGUAAAACAGCAGAGCUCUUCAUAAAAUGAUAUAACUUCUAA